CUCGACUCAAUUCAUUGUCUUCAGAAUCCCAAUUUUCCCAAUCCAAAUACCUAACUCCUUUCAGAAUCUCAAAAUCCUCGCUUCGUGAUGGCACCUAAGGCAGAGAAGAAGCCAGCUGAGAAGAAGCCCGCGGAGGAGAAGAAAUCCGCCGUUGCCGAGAAGGCUCCACCGGCAGAGAAGAAGCCGAAGGCAGGAAAGAAGCUUCCAAAGGAAGGCGCCGCUGCCGCCGGAGACAAGAAGAAGAAGAGGAACAAGAAGAGUGUUGAGACCUACAAGAUCUACAUCUUCAAGGUGCUGAAGCAAGUCCACCCUGACAUCGGUAUCUCAAGCAAGGCCAUGGGAAUCAUGAACAGCUUCAUCAACGAUAUCUUCGAGAAGCUCGCUCAAGAAUCUUCGAGACUUGCCCGCUACAACAAGAAGCCAACCAUAACCUCCAGGGAGAUCCAAACCGCAGUCAGGCUAGUCCUUCCCGGAGAGUUGGCCAAGCACGCUGUUUCCGAGGGUACCAAGGCGGUUACCAAGUUUACCAGUUCUUAAGCGAUGUCCUCUAGUGGUUUCGUCUGGCCUAAUUAUUUUACCAUUAGAAUUAUAUGUCUUUAGUUGCUUAAUUAGUGCUUUUAUUUUGUGGAAGAAAAAAGAAACUUGUAAGUGAAGUUCUGGGAUCUGCUUGAUCCUUGUGUAGUUUGCUGGGAAAAAAAAGGGACAAGAACAGUAGGAUUUAUGCAAUAGAAUCGAUUAUUGUUUGCA